AUGCUGUCCUCACCAACUGUCAUCCUCCAGCCUUAUGGACUGCCGGUCUAUCCGCAGACUACCACAUGCUACCCAAGUAUAGUACAGGGGGGCCCCGCUCAGGAGGCGGGCCCGGGCGGCGCCGACCCCGCCCUGCCACAGGUGUAUGCCGCGCCCCCUUCCUACCCAACCCCAGGUCAAGGGCCGCCCACCGCCACUGGCAGGCUGCCGCCUCUGGAUUUCAGCCCAGCACACCCGAGUUCCGAGUACCCAGAGCACGCCCAGCUGAGGGUUUUUCAGGGCCCCCAGCUGGAAGGGGCGGAGCCUCUGACAACCACCAACACGGAGGAAGCGUUGGCCCCCGUGACCUCGGACCCCCAAGCUCUGAGUGUAUCUGCAGCAUCCAGCGGUGGGGGGAGUGGAAGUGACGAUGAGGGGUCUGGUAAGGCCCAACCCAAACGCCUCCACGUGUCAAACAUCCCAUUCCGCUUUAGGGACCCAGACCUCCGGCAGAUGUUUGGGCAAUUUGGAAAAAUCCUGGAUGUAGAAAUCAUCUUCAAUGAGAGGGGAUCAAAGGGAUUUGGAUUUGUCACCUUCGAAAGUGCAGCAGAAGCUGACCGAGCACGCGAAAAAUUGAAUGGGACCAUCGUAGAAGGGAGAAAAAUUGAGGUCAAUAACGCCACUGCAAGGGUAGUUACCAAAAAGCCCCAAACAGCACUAGUGAAUGGUGACCUUUCAACUUCUGGGUGGAAGAUCAACCCUGUCAUGGGGGCCAUGUACGCACCAGAACUCUAUACAGUCGCCGGUUUCCCAUACCCAGUGGCGGCGCCCGCUUUGGCUUACCGCGGUUCGGCACUGAGGGGUCGAGGUCGGACCGUUUACAACACCAUCCGCUCCGCCGCGGCCACGCCUGCUGCUGUGCCUGCCUACCCUGGGGUAGUGUAUCAAGAUGGUCUCUACGGAGCAGAGGUCUACGGAGGUUAUCCUGCAUAUAGGGUGGCUCAGUCACCAUCUGCCGCUGCAACAUACAGCGAUGGAUAUGGUCGCGUGUAUGCCGCAGCUGCAGACCCCUAUCAUCACUCUGUGGGGCCAACAACCACAUAUGGCGUUGGUACUGUGGCCAGUUUGUACAGAGGAGGCUACAACAGAUUCACUCCCUAUUGA